GGCGCGCCUAGCGCGCAUCUCCAUAAAGCCUGGUUGUCAGGUGUGCUGUGAUCAAACACGGCGCUUAUCAGUAAAGAAACAAACUCGUAUCUAAUACCGUCUGUUUGCCUUUACUCUGAAACGAAGUGAGACUGGUGAUAUGUCAGGCGCAAAGACCACUGCGUAUCCAGGCACCUGUUGACGCGCUAUUAUUAGAAAUAAUGGGCGACUUAUUAAACUACACUGGAACUUUUAACAAAAGUUUAAUGGAUCCUGACAAGUUCAGCAGUCUGGAGGAUAUCGACGUGACUGCGGAUGGGAACCUCGCUUUGCGGAUUAUAAUCUCGGUGGUUUACUCCGUGGUGUGCGCCGUGGGUCUGGUCGGGAACCUUUUGGUUUUCUUCUUGAUGAAAAUUAGGCAAGGACGAAAGAAAUCCACGAUUAAUGUGUUCGUCAUCCAUUUGGCUGUGACUGACUUUCAAUUCGUUCUGACUUUGCCUUUUUGGGCGGUGGAUACGGCGCUGGAUUUCAGCUGGCCGUUUGGUAACGCCAUGUGCAAAAUCAUUUUAUCGGUCACUGUGAUGAACAUGUACGCCAGCGUGUUCUUUCUUACGGCCAUGAGCAUUACUCGCUAUUGGUCUGUCGCAUCUGCCUUAAAAAUCCCUUCUAGAAAAAGGUUUGAGACUGUAAAAUGGAUAUGUGCCGUGCUGUGGGUCCUGGCGACUGUAGCCACGGCACCAACUACAAUUUUUUCCACAGUAACAGUUGUUGCAGGUGAAAAACUGUGUCUCCUUCGGUUUCCAGAUGGUCACGAUUGGCUUGCUCUUUAUCACCUUCAAAAGAUUGUCGUUGCAUUUAUCUUGCCCAUGUUUAUUCUGUCGGUAUGUUACCUUCUGCUUUUAAGAUUUAUUCGACAAAGGCGCGUUAAUAAUCACCAAGGCAGGCGAUCUAAAGUAACCAAGUCUGUCACCGUGGUAGUCCUCUCUUUUUUUAUUUGCUGGAUGCCAAACCACGCGAUCACUCUUUGGGGCGUCCUGGUGAAACUGAACGCUGUGCACUGGGAUAAAACAUAUUACAUGGUGCAUACUUACAUUUUCCCGCUGACUGUUUGUCUUGCCCACACAAACAGUUGUCUAAAUCCAGUUUUGUAUUGUCUCAUGCGAAGGGAGUUUAGGAAAAUGCUGCAUAGUUUAUUUUGGCGCAUGUCGUCACCUGCUUCUUCCAAAGCUGGAAAAUUACAUGGAUACAGUGGUGGCAUCAAUCACGAUCAAGAUGACGCACACAUUGGGGUUCAUUUAAACGUGAUGGGCACUCUGCAGUCCAGCCAUCCCGCGACUGUACCACAAUCUUAA